AUGGCGGUUAUGGUGGUCGGUACUUCGAACCAGUAACUUCGUAGUCUUCAGAAGCUCUGGGGGUUUGUAGGACUUCGUACAUCCGAGGCUACAUCAUGGCCGGCAGGGAGUUUGCACGCGGACUCUUAGAGAAGUAUGGAUGGUCCGAAGGGAAGGGAUUGGGGAAGGAUGAAACUGGAAUAGCACAUGCUUUGAGGCCCAGACUCAAGUUUGACACAGCUGGUGUGGGGCACAAAAUAGACCUGACAUCUCAGUGGUGGAGCCAGUCCUUCAACGAGGCUGCUAAGAGUCUUACAGUGCAUGUUUCUGAGGAGUCUGUGAGAGUUGAACAGAAAAAGCAAAAGAAGAAAUCGCCACUCCCAAAGAAGACCUACAAUGGCUUCAUAAAGGCUGGAACACAAACUGGCAAUGGCCCACUUAUAGCUGACGAGGAGGAAGAAAAAUGUGGAGGAGGAACAGAGGAUAGUGCCAUUGAAAGAAUAUCGGACGAACAGCUCUUUGAAGCAUGUGGCGGUCUUACAGCACACAAAGCAGCAAGGCAUGGAUUAAAGAUGAGCGGUAAAUUGAAGCGACUAGAAGAGCAAGAAGCACAGCUUUUGUGCGGCCCUAACACGAAGAAGUGCAGACCGUCGAACAAGAGCACCGACCCAGCAGAAGAAUCCACUGUCAGGACAAUGGGCGACAAUGCGGGGGAGGAUGCCCAUGACACAUGUAGGCGUUCAAAAUCCCGUAAGAAGAGAGAGAACUGCGGAGUGUAGAAAAGCUAAGAAGAAAAACUCUGAAUGUAUAAAUUCUUUCUCCCCUUU